AAAGGAUGCCCGCCGCUGAGCAGGAUGUUCCCUCAGCAUCAGUCGCCGUGGACGCCGCUCUCCGAUUCGCUCAGUAAAUCUCCACCGCCCAGCUCYGUGUAUGAUCCCAGUAAGCAAACGUCCUACUUUGGUCAGUGCUUCACUAAUCUGGGUCUUCUUGGGAGAGGAUCCUUUGGAGAGGUCUACAAGGUGAGCAAUGUUAGGAUUGGCGGCGAGUACGGACCUGCAGCGGAUGUUUUUAGUUUGGGUGUUUCCAUUCUGGAGCUCGCCUGUAACCUUGAAGUUCCAAACGGUGGCGAAGGAUGGCAGCAGCUCCGACAGGGCCACCUUCCCUCAGAGUUCACCAACGGCCUGUCUGUUGAGCUUCAGUCCGUCCUCAGGAUGAUGCUGGCCCCAGAACCAAACGAAAGACCAACUGUCUCUCAGCUUCUCGCUCUGCCAUGCGUCAGGAAACGCAGAUGGAAAAGGCGGAUUUACCUGAUGGUGGCUGAGACCAUGYUGACACUGGUGUCCUUCUGCCAAUUUGUGGUGUGCUUCGGUUGCAAGCUCUUCCCCUCGGUUCGCUUGCCGUUUCUGCCUUGCUGGUCGAAGCCGGAGCCGUGUACGCCGCUGAAGGACAGCUGGGACAGAGACGUGACGCUGUCCCUCAGUUCCCUGCACAACGACCCAGGAAGCCCAGAGGACGAC